UUGGGAGGCCUCGCCGGCUCGCCGCUCUAGGCCCGCGCCCCGGCCUUCGUCCCUCUCCUCACAGCUGUCUGUACCUGGGUGGAAGGCUGAGGUGCAGGCAGUCAUGGCGCUGCGUGCUGCCGUGUUCGACCUGGACGGGGUCCUGGCGCUGCCCUCGCUCGCCAGCUCCUGGGACCGUGCGGAGCAGGAGCUGGCGCUGCCCAGAGGCUUUCUGAAUGGAGCUUUCAUGAGAGGAGGCCCAGAAGCUUCCAGUGCCCACAUGAUGAAGGGAGAGAUCACAUUUUCCCAGUGGAUGCCAUUCAUGGAAGAAAACUGCAGGAAAUGUUCGGAGGACUCUGGAAUUUGCCUCCCUGAGAAUUUCUCUAUAAAUCAGAUCUUUGGCAAGGCGCUUGCAGCAAGAAAGGUCAACGCCCCCAUGCUUCGGGCAGCUCUCACUCUCAAAAAGAAGGGAUUUACAACCUGCAUCCUCACCAACAUCUGGCUGGAUGACAGCACCCAGAGAGGCAGCCUGGCCCAGAUGAUGUGUGAGCUCAGGCCGCACUUCGAUUUCCUGAUUGAGUCAUGCAGGAUCGGAAUGGCCAAGCCUGAGCCUCAGAUCUACAAGUUCGUGCUGGACGUCUUGAAGGCCAGCCCCAAUGAGGUGGUUUUCUUGGAUGACUCCGGCGUUAAUCUGAAGCCGGCCCGUGACCUGGGGAUGGUCACCAUCCUCGUCCGUGACCCUGACACUGCCCUGAGGGAGCUGGAGAAAGUAACCGGGGUGCAGCUUCUCCAAACUGCAGCCCCCCGACCAAUCCCCUGCGAUCCAAGCACCGUGAGCCAUGGGUACGUGCCCAUAAAGCCUGGGAUGUGUCUGCAUUUUGUGGAGCUGGGCUCCGGCCCUGCCGUAUGCCUCUGCCAUGGAUUUCCGGAGAGCUGGUUCUCUUGGAGGUACCAGAUCCCUGCUCUGGCCCAGGCGGGCUUCCGGGUACUAGCUGUGGACAUGAAAGGCUAUGGAGAGUCAUCUGCUCCUCCUGAAAUAGAAGAGUAUUCCAUGGAAGUGUUAUGCAAUGACAUGGUCACCUUCCUGGAUAAGUUGGGCAUCUCUCAAGCCGUGUUCAUUGGCCAUGACUGGGGUGGCAUGCUGGUGUGGAAUAUGGCUCUUUUCUACCCCAAGAGAGUGAGGGCAGUGGCCAGCUUGAAUACUCCCUUCAUACCAGCAAGUCCCAAAGUGUCCCCAGUGGAGAUAAUCAAAGCCCAUCCUGCCUUUGAUUACCAGCUCUACUUCCAGGAACCAGGAGUGGCAGAGGUUGAACUGGAACAGAACCUGAAUCGGACUUUCAGAAGCUUCUUCAGAGCAAGUGAUGAGACUUUUCUCACCACGAACAGAGUCCGUGAAAUGGGAGGACUCUUUGUGAGUGCCCCAGAGGAGCCCAGCCUCAGCAAGAUGGUCACCGAGGAGGACAUCCAGUUCUAUGUUCAGCAGUUCAAGAAGUCUGGCUUCAGGGGGCCUCUAAACUGGUACCGAAACAUGGAAAGGAACUGGCAGUGGGGCUGCAAAGGCUUGGGAAGGAAGAUCCUGAUUCCGGCCCUGAUGAUCACUGCGGAGAAGGACUUAGUGCUCGUUCCUGAGAUGUCCAAGCAUAUGGAGGACUGGGUCCAUGGGUACAAAGGAGUCAAAUUCCAAAACUGGGCGAGGACCUAUGGCUGUUACCCGGAGAUGUACUACCAGCCCACGUCUGUGGAGGAGAUCAGAGAGGUGCUGGCCCUGGCCAGGCAGCAGAACAAGCGGGUGAAGGUGGUGGGUGGUGGCCACUCACCUUCAGACAUCGCCUGCACCGACGGCUUCAUGAUCCACAUGGGCAAGAUGAACCGCGUCCUCAAGGUGGACACGGAGAAGAAGCAGGUGACCGUGGAGGCCGGCAUCCUCCUGGCUGACCUGCACCCACAGCUGGACAAGCACGGCCUGGCCUUGUCCAACCUGGGAGCCGUGUCAGACGUGACUGCAGCUGGCGUCAUCGGGUCCGGAACUCACAACACGGGGAUCAAACACGGCAUCCUGGCCACCCAGGUGGCGGCGCUGACCCUCCUGACGGCCGAUGGGGCCAUUCUCGAGUGCUCUGAGUCCAGCAACGCAGAGGUGUUCCAGGCGGCACGGGUGCACCUGGGCUGCCUCGGGGUCGUCCUCACCAUCACCCUGCAGUGCGUGCCCCAGUUCUACCUGCAGGAGACUUCCUUUCCCUCAACCUUGACAGAGGUUCUUGACAACCUGGACAGCCACCUGAAAAAAUCCGAAUACUUUCGCUUCCUCUGGUUCCCGCACAGCGAGAACGUCAGCGUCAUCUACCAGGACCACACAAACAAGCCUCCCUCCUCUUCAGCCAACUGGUUUUGGGACUAUGCUCUUGGAUUCUAUUUACUGGAGUUCCUGCUCUGGAUCAGCACCUUCCUGCCAGGCCUCGUGGGCUGGAUCAACCGCUUUUUCUUCUGGCUCCUGUUCAAUGGGAAGAAGGAAAACUGCAACCGCAGCCACAAGAUCUUCACCUACGAGUGCCGCUUCAAGCAACAUGUGCAGGACUGGGCCAUCCCCAGAGAGAAGACCAAGGAGGCCCUGCUGGAGCUGAAGGCCAUGCUGGAGACGCACCCCAAGGUGGUGGCCCAUUACCCCGUGGAGGUGCGCUUCACCCGGGGGGACGACAUCCUGCUGAGCCCCUGCUUCCAGCGCGACAGCUGCUACAUGAACAUCAUCAUGUACAGGCCCUACGGCAAGGACGUGCCACGGCUGGACUACUGGCUGGCCUACGAGACCAUCAUGAAGAAGGUGGGGGGCAGGCCCCACUGGGCCAAGGCCCACAACUGCACCCGGAAGGACUUUGAGAAAAUGUAUCCUGCCUUUUCGAAGUUCUGUGCCAUCCGAGAAAAGCUGGACCCCUCGGGGAUGUUCCUGAACGCAUAUCUGGAGAAGGUGUUCUACUGAAGCACAAACAGAAAACAAGUCGAGCCCACCCCAUCCCAUCCCCCAGGCCCACUUCCCACGAGGUUGAAGGCAAAGUGUCCCUCCGGCCUGAUGGGGAACAGACCUCUUCCCCCAGGCACUCUGCCACGGUGCCCACAGCUGCUCUGACCCAGAGUGAGGCGCCUGGAUCUGGGCAGCCCCCAUAUCCCUCAUCCUCACGGGAGCCCCAUGAAAGGAAGUGCACCAAAUCCCCACUUACCUCCUCAUCCGCAUCCUUUGAGCCCAAGCCUGCAAUCACCACAUCCUGUCUCCCAGAAGACAGAGAAGCCCCCAGAUGUUCUGUGCCUAGAAGGUCAGGAUUCAGCCUUUCACAGGUUCCACCUGCUGGUUGGGUGUCCGGAGCUCCAGGGAUCUCCCGCCUACCCUUGCAGGGAGGGGUCCCCCUGGCAUGUGUUUGGGCACAGAGGUCGUGUGUGCUGUGCUCGGCUUUCUUUCACUCUCGAGGGUCUUUCAGAUGCUCCGGUGCGUGCCCCCUGCCCUGGGACUGCCCUCUUCCAGAGGGUCCACCUGUCCAUCUGACCUCCCAUAGCUCGACCUACAGUGUGUCUAUUCCAGGGGAUGUUUGGGGAGUGGGACUCUCCUUGCCUUCUUUUUAAUAAAGGCCAAGAGUUCAUU